AUGGGCCAGUUGCUCCAACAGAAGCCUGAGCUCGCGCCUGGCCUGGUGAGCUUAGCAGUGCCCGAGCUCACAUACGCGCCCACAAAGGCGUUUACGGAGAAGAGAUGUAGCGGCACCCUCAAGAAGCUGAACCCCCAGAUGGGAAUGGCCUACAUCGACUGCCCCGAGUUGAGCUCGGUCUUCGGCUGCGACGUGGUGGUCCAUGCUACCCAGGUGGGAGCUUUCAUGGAGGGGACUGAGGUGAAUUUUGCGGUCACGCUGAAUGACGAGAACAAGCCGCAAGCGUUUGACCUCCAAGAAAAUAACACACCCAGCAUGCCGAGCAUGGGUGCCAUGGGCAUGGUGCUGCCGGACUCAUGGCACCAAAGCGUCCAACGUAUCGCGGCAGCGGCGGAAUGCGACAGUCAAGGGAUGGUGCUGGUGGUCUCUGGUAUCGUGGUAGGCAUUCUGGCGACUUUCCAGGGAUAUCGCAUCUAUGAGAAGGCCUUUGGUUGUCUUCUGUGUGCCACCAGCUUCGGACUGGCUUUAUUGGUUGGCCUGUCAUGGCUCCGCCAGUCGCAGGGCUCAGUUUCCGUGCCUCAGCGGCUAGUGGUGCUGGCGGGCUGUCUGCUAUGGACCUUGCUGACAGGCCUGGCUGUUUGGAAGGAGCGACGGGGCCUGCAGAAGUGCCUGGCGUUUUUGCUGGGCAUCAGCAGUGCAGGUGCUGUAGCCAUGGCUUUGCUCGCCGUUCUGCACGCCCAAUGGGCAGCCAGCACUCGGGCGCUGCGCUUCGCUGCGGUCUCCCUGGCGGCGGCCCUCAGCGUGCUGGCGGGCAGCUGGGCUGCGGCGGCGUCGCAGGUGAAGUACCUCUUCAUGCUGGUAACCAGUAUCUUGGGCUCGGCUCUCACCGUCCUCUCUGUAGACACUCUGAUGACAUGCAUGAAUGUACGUUUGGUUCCGGAAGCGCUGCUUGAGGAUGUCUCAGCAAUUCUUCUGGUGUGCUUGGGCUUUGCGGUGCAGAUCACCUUUCAGGGCAAGUCCAGGCAGAUUCAUGUGGAGGUCUUCUAG